AUGACUGUGCUGAGCUCCAAGAAAAUCUUGCAAGACAAUGAUACCACUGAUCCCAAUUCCAUCACUUCUCUUACACUCACCCACAAAGCCCUUUCUGAUGUUUCAUGCUUGGGCGAGUUCAAGAAUUUGGAAAGACUUGAUCUUGGUUUCAACAAUUUAACUUCUCUUGAGGGUUUGAAGUCUUGUGUGAAUUUGAAGUGGUUGUCGGUUUUGCAGAACAAGCUUGAGAGCUUGAAAGGGAUUGAGGAACUCAGUAAACUAUCUGUAUUGAACGCUGGAAAAAACAAGCUUAAGUCAAUAGACGGGGUCAAGUCUCUUGUAAGUUUGCGGGCAUUGAUUUUGAAUGACAAUGAUAUCAGUUCAGUUUGCAAGCUUGAUCAGUUGAAAGAGUUGAAUACUCUAGUUCUCUCCAGGAAUCCAAUCCGCACGCUUGGUGAAUCUGUGGUUAAACUUAAGUCAAUCACAAAACUUUCUCUUUCAAACUGCCAACUGCAGACCAUUGGUUCAUCACUCAAGUACUGUGCAGAGUUAAAAGAGCUUCGCCUUGCCCACAAUGAGAUCACGACUGUUCCAGGUGAGUUUGUCCAUCUCGUAAAACUCCAGAAUCUAGACUUGGGAAACAACUUUAUCACAAAGCGGUCAGAUCUAAAGGUGCUCUCUUCAUUAGUCAACCUAAAAAAUUUGAAUCUACAAGGAAAUCCAGUUUCUGAACAGGAAAAUUUAGUGAAGAAGGUGAAAAACCUAGUACCAAAUGUGCAGAUCUUUAAUGGUAGACCAAUUGAAAAGAUAAUGACGACGGAAGAGAUUGACAAGGGUGAUGUUUCUUCAGCAAAAAGGACCUCGAAAAAAGGUGAUCCAGAUAAUACUGGAUCUCUUGGCUUGGAAAAAAGGAAAAAUCUAUUUGAUGAAAAAGCUUCUUAUGGCCCUGAGGAUGGUACAAUCUUGGAGAAGAAAAUAAAUAAAAAGUUGAAGAUAUUGCUGCAGAAUGAUAACAAUAUCACAGAUGUAGAAACUCCAACUGUGGAACCUCAUGAGAAAAAGAAAUCAAAGCACAAAAUGCAACACACAGAUGAACCUGUGAUGGGAAAAGCUUCAGAUAUCCAGGGUGAUCAUAUCAUGAUAGACAAGAAACCUGAUAAAAAAUCAAGAAAAAAAGUGAAAGGGGAUAACAUUAAUGUUAUAGACAGUGCAGAAGCUCCUUUUAUGGAUCUUUUUACCGACAAGACUGACGCCGGCAUAAACACUGAUGAGAAGAAGUUAGAUCAUAAAACUAAAGAUAGAGAUGCCGUUAGCUGUUUGGUAACCUUUCCAACUAAGAAAAAGAAGAAGAACCGCAGUGUUGAUCCAGCUGCUCUUCAGUUGUCUCCAGUAGAAGAAGUUGGAUUAGGUGGACCGUCAACAUGGGAUGACUUGUGA